AUUCCAUGGAAACAGAUAAGCAUUGAUGAGUAACUGUUUGAAGUUGUUGUUCCCAGCAUAAAUAGCAGAAAAUGCAAAACUACACACUCUCUUGAGUUCUGUCCGAUUGCAUAGCAUUGGUUGGUAGUUGUCACAAAAAUCUCUUGCCCUUUGGCCAUAAUCAAAAGCCGAGGCACUGUUCAUCAAGCUAAUCAUCAAGCCAACCUUGCUUGGUUCCACUGCAGAAUUUCAGUUAUUCUUAUCUCCAUACAUUAGAUUGAAGUAGAUUCCUCGUAGGUGCUCUCAAGUUCAUUUGAAAAGAAUGAGUCAGCCUAAGAUCAAGCGCAGAGUUGGUAAAUACGAGGUGGGGAGGACAAUUGGUGAAGGUACAUUUGCAAAGGUGAAAUUUGCAAGGAACUCUGAGACAGGAGAACCUGUGGCUCUUAAAAUUCUUGACAAGGAGAAGGUGCUCAAGCACAAGAUGGCUGAGCAGAUCAGGAGAGAGGUGGCUACAAUGAAAUUAAUCAAGCAUCCAAAUGUUGUUCGAUUGUAUGAGGUGAUGGGAAGCAAGACAAAAAUAUAUAUUGUUUUGGAGUUUGUGACUGGCGGGGAGCUCUUUGACAAAAUUGUAAACCAUGGACGGAUGAGUGAAAAUGAAGCUCGUAGAUAUUUCCAACAGCUUAUAAAUGCUGUUGAUUAUUGCCACAGCAGGGGUGUCUACCACAGAGACCUGAAGCCAGAAAAUUUGCUCUUAGAUACUUAUGGGAACCUUAAAGUUUCCGACUUUGGAUUGAGUGUCCUCUCCCAGCAAGUUAGGGAUGAUGGGCUUCUCCAUACUACAUGUGGGACACCAAACUAUGUUGCUCCAGAGGUCCUUAAUGAUAGAGGCUAUGAUGGUGCAACUGCAGACUUGUGGUCAUGUGGGGUGAUUCUCUUUGUAUUGGUUGCAGGUUACCUACCUUUUGAUGACCCUAAUCUUAUGAACCUGUAUAAGAAAAUCUCAGCUGCUGAAUUUACUUGCCCCCCGUGGCUUUCUUUCAGUGCCAGGAAAUUGAUUACACGAAUCUUGGAUCCCGAUCCCACAACUCGUAUCACUAUACCUGAGAUUUUGGAUGAUGAAUGGUUUAAGAAAGAUUAUAAGCCUCCUGUUUUUGAGGAGAAUGGGGAAAUCAACCUUGAUGACGUUGAAGCUGUCUUUAAAGAUUCUGAAGAGCACCAUGUGACAGAGAAGAAAGAAGAGCAGCCAACAUCCAUGAAUGCGUUUGAGUUAAUUUCCAUGUCCAAAGGGCUGAACCUUGAAAACUUGUUUGAUACAGAGCAGGGGUUCAAAAGGGAAACAAGAUUCACGUCAAAGUCACCUGCAGAUGAGAUAAUCAACAAGAUUGAGGAGGCUGCAAAACCUCUUGGCUUUGAUGUGCAGAAGAAAAAUUACAAGAUGAGGCUUGCAAAUGUAAAAGCUGGAAGAAAGGGAAACCUUAAUGUUGCCACUGAGAUAUUUCAAGUGGCACCUUCUCUUCACAUGGUUGAGGUACGGAAGGCAAAAGGAGACACAUUGGAGUUCCAUAAGUUCUACAAGAAGCUUUCAACAAGCCUGGAUGAUGUUGUUUGGAAAACAGAAGAUGAUAUGCAAAUGAGAGAAAAAAAUUGAUAUAUUGAUAUUAUUAUUAUCAAGUGUAAUUUUCUUCAUUUCUGAAGUUCUACUAUUUUCCAAUUUCUUCAUUCUUAUUUCCUCUAAGGUUCCUUCCUGUAGGUUUGUUUGGACAUUCCAUAGUACUCAUAAUGUAUUUUGUACCAUGCUAUUAUUUUUGAAAGCAUGCAAUGUAAGAAUUUUACUCAUCAACACUUUCAGCUAUGUUCAUGAAACAAAAAUUGUAAGAAAAUUUGAAUAUUGUAUAUAGCUAUAUAUUUAUCUUUUUAUCU